CUUUUAGUUGCGUUGAAAGCAGAUUUCGACAUUACUAUGUCGACACUCAACAUCUACGCUGGAAACGCCUUCGCUUAGAGAGUAUAAUUGAGCUUAGAUAAAUAUUAAAGAACGAGAAUAGACUGAAGUUGAAGUGUUGAAAUCACGAGACUGCAACUUGAGUCAUGCUGAAGACCGCCCCUUACUUAAACAACCGAAACUGAAACACAAAAGAAAGACAUAAUUUGUCAUUCGAGCACCGUCUAAACUUGUCAUAAGAAUAAGCACUGAAAACAGGAGUUUACAAAACGCUAGCAACAGCCAACCGAUCCAACAAAUACUUCCUUUAUAUGAAACUUGAGAAGAGGAAAUGGAAAUACUCAAAACAGUCAAGUCAAUAUUGACGAAGAAUUGAAAAUGUUGAUGAAGAACAUUCUUUUAAUUCUGUAAUGAAUCAUAUAAUUCAUUUUGACCCAUUGUGAAUUGCAUUGUAGGAAAGUACCUCAGUCUGGUGAUCGUUGUCAAUGAUGUCAGUGAACAACUGGCACCUACAGUCUAUUCUCAUGACUUCGUGGUAUCUACAGUUCGGUCUUGCUGCCAUGACCGGCCAAACAACCGCUGUUUACAGGAACGCUAUCGACAGCUUUUAUGUCGGAAUCAAUGGCUGCAAAAUUGAUGCAAAUGUGUGCAGCAGAUUUUCCCGAUGUCAAAAAGAUGGUUCCUGUUUGUGCACAUUUGAAAAUCCUUCUUUCUAUAACGACGGUGUUCGAUAUGGAUGUGUUGCCAACACGGACAAGCGCUUGACAACAAUAGCUACAGAUCCCCCAAAGGAAGAGAAAUGCUUGCAAGUGCGUGGUCAUAUAAUGACACACAAUCCAAAACAUCGGUCGGCACUCAACACCCACAGGAAUUCAAUGAGGAACUGUCGCUUCGAGAGAGCACUGGUGAAGUUCCCGGACAUAAUCCGUGACAGCGAGCAAUCUUGGCUCAACACGUCCUACGUUGAAUUAAGAGCACAAAAAAAUAACGUAACUUUAAAAUGGCUAAAACCCGUACCUCAGUUGAAAGGCACGAUCGUUACAUUACAAUUCAUAUGUCCUUCAACUUCCGAUCGCACAACCGACCAGUGUGUGAAAGCAAAAGUUUUAGGUGCAUGGCAUAAAGCAAGCACAAGAGAAUGUGCAAAUGUUAGCUGGAGGUUGAGUUUUGACUCGAGAGGCUGGUCCAUAUGCAAGAACAAAUAUCAUUUCAUCACCGGAUUUCGUCGUAGCACUGCAAGAAAAAAUGAUCCCAUUUAUCUUUUGGAGGAUGCAAGGUGCUGUGAAUCAACACAAACAUACGAUAACGAGCCUGGCGUGUGCCGGAUAGCUAAUUGGAGUACGUCGCUUAACAGAAAUGGAAAAUGGAGCGAGUGUCCUCGUGGGCACUUUUUAAGUGGAUUGUAUCGCAGCAAUAGAUCAACGUUGAGUUCGAUUGAUCGCGGUCGUUGCUGUAGGCCAGAAUCUCACCCUCUUCGCUAUGGGUUGUGCUAUGAUGAAAAUAUAGCAAAAGAUUUUAAUAGAAAAGGCUGGUCCAUUUGUAAGAGAGUGGGUUAUUACAUAACAGGUCUCUAUCGUGGAAAUGGUAAAAAUGAGUUGAACAAUAUCGAUAAAUUUCGCUGCUGUCAAAUGGCAUCAGGUAUGUCAGAGAAAACGUCGAAUUCCGUGAUUUCCAAAACACCUUUCACAUAUCGAGCGUCAAGAAAUAUAUCAACAACUACUAAUGUGAAAGGUUAGAUUGUUAAAUUAUAUUUGAUUCCAAUUGAUAAAAAAGGUAAUGCACCAUGAAGUGAAACAAUCCACUUUAUAAAGAGUAUGUACAACGAUCUUGUGUUUAAAGUCUAUAGCUUCUAUACAACAUUUAACAUAAAACACAUCCAAAAAAAACCAUCUUGUUUACUGAAGAACGGAUUUCAACAUGUUCGUUGGUGUAACGUGAGCUAACCCAUGUUAAGAUCUGAGCCAGCAAGACCAUUUGUGCAGAAAACAUGGAAUGCCCACCAUCUUCUCAAAAUUUGAAUUGAUCUUGAACGUCUUGCAUUGGCUUUUUCUCAAUAUUUACUUAUUGUAAAGCAUCAUGCAAGUAUAUACAGCAUAAUAACUACAUAGCUAUGUCUUAAAACCAGGGAAGCUGGAACGUCGAUAAUG